AUGUUCUUUUCACUCUUUGCCAAUCACUGCCCUCUCAAGUCGUGGAUGCCCUUCAGCACCAUUGCGCAUGCUACGUCCAGAACAGGGCCGGCAGGACCGUACGAGUCUCCGGUCCAGGUCGUAGGCACAUUCGCGCAUAACCCGACCGUCAUCUGGAGCCCUGCCGAUAAAGAAUACCUCAUGUAUCAUAUCGGUUGUCCACAACCAGCACCGGACGUCUGCGGUCCCACCAAGUUUACAUGCGGUGCUCCGGAUGGUCAGAGUGGCAUCACCGUCCGCUCAAGUCGCGACCUCGCAACUUGGACGAAUCGAGGGAUGGUGUUCAACGGGACGUACGACAAGACUGUCUGGGAUAGAACGGCGACGAAUCCAUCGGCGUGGCCGCUGUACAGCAGCAAGAACAAAACACACGCUAUUCUUCUUGCAUAUCGUGGCAACUCCCUGAAUGCCACCAACUUCUCGUCCGGCAAUAUCGCCGUCUCUUCCCAUGGAUUUGAGGGGCCGUAUACAAGAAUCCAAAAGAACUCUCUCAUGCCAGUUCGUUUUGAGGAUCCAUUUCUCUGGCAAGACAAACGUGGCAAUUACCAUAUGCUCGUGCAUGCACAGCAGGAUGGAAAUGGCGGCACGCCGGGUGUGAAGCAAACUGGACGGCAUGCCUACGCGCGAGACUACCAUGGCCCAUGGACCUACGGAAACAGAACGCUGGCAUAUGGUGCACUUGUCAACUUUACCGAUGGCACAAGCAUCAACUAUGGGCGGAGGGAGCGGCCCCAGCUGCUGUUUUCUGAGGACGGAAAUAUGGUUCCGUUGUUCAUGACGAAUGGGGUGCAAGAAAAGGGAACAAACAUGAGCUACACUAUAGUUUCUCCAAUAGGUGAUGCCGGAGCUAAGUUGCAGUAG